CCAAAGCCUCCAUCGGAGGCGCCGGAGCCGAGUCAUCUGGAGCAGAGCGUCGCCUCGCUGAGGAGGCGUGCUGAGCCGUACGUGGACCUGGGUCAGCGAGCUGUCCAGACUGCGUUGGAGAAAGUUGAACAGACGUACGGGAGGAUGGAGCCGACCAUAAACACGUCAGUGACGACUGUCAGCGAGACGGUUCAGUUUCUCAGUGACCCGCCUCCGGACCUUUACCCCAGCGUGGCUGUGGUGGGGUUCUCCGGCUUCCUGGGACUUUAUUUGGCCAAAGGCUCCAGGAUGAAACGAUUCCUGCUUCCUGCUGGACUCAUGGCUCUGAGCGCCUCCAUGUUCUACCCUCAGCAGGCGGCGGCACUGUUAAAG